AUGGAUGCUGAUGAGUUUCACCAAAGCGCGGGAUACUGUGGAACGGGCGACGAGUACUGCGGAUCAUCCUGCGUUGCAAACUGCGACUAUGUAGGACCAGUAGGCGAGUGCGAUAUCCGGCGUGUAGUCGGAUACUAUGAAGGAUGGGCUCCAAACCGCCCCUGCAAGGCCUUUUGGCCUGAACAGAUUCCCUCGUCAGUAUACACUCAUCUCAACUAUGCAUUCGCUACUAUUGACCCCAAAACCUUCGCCGUCAUGGCCAACAACGAGAGAGAGGCGGGUAUUAUGAAACGUCUAGUGGCUUUGAAGACGACAAAUCCUCAAAUGAAGGUCAAUAUCGCUAUUGGCGGCUGGGCUUUCAAUGACCCCGGCUCCACAGCAACUGUUUUCUCAGACCUUGCUGCUUCAAAAGACAAUCAGAACAAGUUCUUUGCCUCUCUUCUACACUUCAUGUCACUGUACGGCUUCGAUGGUGUCGAUAUUGAUUGGGAAUAUCCCGUCGAUAGUGACCGCGGCGGUCGCUUUGCAGACUUGAAGAAUUUCCCCUCCUUCAUGGCAAAUCUGAAAGAGGCACUGAAUCAGGGCGGGGCAACUCGUGAGCUGAGUCUUACUUUGCCGACGUCCUAUUGGUACCUACAACACUUUGACAUCAAGGGCCUUGAGAAAUCUGUCGAUUAUUUCAAUUAUAUGUCGUAUGAUCUGCAUGGAACAUGGGAUGGAAAAAACCAGUGGUCUGGUGCAUACCUCGAUAGUCACACAAACUUGACUGAGAUCGAAGUCGCCAUGGAUCUGCUCUGGAGAAAUAACAUCAGCCCUAGCAAAGUUGUCAUGGGUUUGGCAUUUUACGCUCGCGCCUUUACCGUCGCAGACACAAGCUGCACAACCCCAGGCUGUAUGUUUGCAUCCGGCUCAGAUGAAGGCCCCUGCAGUGGUCAGACUGGUAUUCUCCUGAAUAGCGAGAUUGACGACAUCCGCACGCAGUACAACGUUCAGCCCACGCUCGAUAAAGAUGCAGCUGUCCAAAUUCUCUCCUGGGAGGACCAGUGGCUUACAUAUGAUGAUUCAAGCACUUUCAAGCUGAAGGUUGACUACGUGAAGGACCACUGCCUGGGUGGUGUUAUGGUCUGGGCUGUCAGCCAGGAUACUUCGAACGGAACCUACACUGAGGCGUUAUCAGACCACACACCUCCUAUGUCUGCUCCACAUAUACUUCUCUCAGUUGAAAAUACCGACGGGAGUCUCACUUUGACGAAACAGGAUCGAAAGAGACAAUGCACAUGGGUCGGAUGUGGUGAAGUCUGCAAGUCGCCCUACGUGGCAGUUUUCCGUGGUGUCGGUCCCGGAGCUGGGGAUGGUCAUUCCCUGAUGAUGGAUAGUGUGACUUGUCCAACAGGCCAGACACAUACUCUCUGCUGCCCCGAAGACCACGGCGUCAAAUGCGGAUGGUACACCCACAACAAUGGCAAGUGUGACAGUACCUGUCCUUCCGGAACCUUUGAGAUCGGAUCUGUCGCCAAGCCCGAUCUUUGCUACAACGAUGAUUACCAAGCCGCUUGCUGUACUUCUGGCAAAGAUGCGACACUGCUCUAUGGCACCACAACGUGGUCUUCUUUCCCGGGUUGUGACGAUGGAGAGUGCCCUGUGUACGAUGACAAAAAAACUAAGACACUCACCUCCUCUUCUACCGGCAGUGGAAACGCUUUCUGUGAGUAUCGCGAUAUUUAUGCGAGUUUACAGGAAAUCGUAUGGCAGGAACGAAAGCUCUGCUACGACGACACUCAGAGUGGGAAGAAGUGGCAAAACUGUAAAUGGCACAAGGAUAUUGGUUCCAUACCCGAUGGUGUCAGUGGUCCUUGGUGCAGGUCCGCUUGCCCUGCAGGAACAGUGCGAGUCGCAAUGGGAAUGGCACAGCCGGAUGAUGAGUGCGACCCUGCAAGCUUCAAGGCCUUUUGCUGCGACGACCAAUACACCGUCGAGAAGAAGUACACGAAUCCACAACCCCAUAUAUUCAAAGAUGCAUUGGACUCCUAUCUCGUGGAUGGCUCUUGCCCUUCCGAGGCUUCACUGACCACUCGAGAUGUUCUGGUGACUGACUGGGAUCUGUUUGGCCCGGAUAGCAAAGGUCUGGUCGCACGUUCCAAGACUGACGCACAAAGUGCCCUAUUCUACCUCAAGCCUAUUCUUGCCAUUCUCUUCUUUGUGGAGGCGACGGACUACAGCCCGGUUCAAGCGGCGAAUGCCGCAGCCUGGAACACCUGGGUGACUGCUCAUAAGUGGAGUAACCUUGUCAUGGACACACUGGGACCAUUUGUCCAAUCUUUGAGUGAGACAUUUGAGAUGGGAACUGAGUUUGUGACCCAGAGUAUUUUGUGCAGACCCGGUGACUGGGAUCAGAUGGUAGACAACAAGGAGGAUAGCAUCUGCUCUGGAGAUAUCUGCGAUACCGAUGCUGACCCUGCGCUCUGCUACGGUGAUGAUGACGACUGGCUACUACAGCGCCGGUUUAGCCUCGAUGAUUUCAACAACAAGGAAAAGACCCUGCUUGCGAAAGAGCCCCACAAGUUCAAGGUCUGGUCGGCGAACGACGACCAAUGGCAAGAAGGCCUGACAUAUUAUCAUCUUGGCUACCCAAGCGCUGGUGACUGGGACAUAACUUCCAAUGUCUACAAGACUACACGCAGCUACGAAAGCCGUGUUGAUUGCGGAAACCCAUUUGUUUUCCCUCAAAUCAAAAGUGGACAUACAUUUGCCACGGAGCACAUUUUGGAGAUUCAGUGCGUUGGGCUGUUUUUCGAAGCAGCCACAAAAGGUACUCUGGGCUCGAAGAAAACCCCCCAAUUUCGUCUCCUCGAUUCCGAUUUCUUUCUUGACGAGGACGCCCAAGGAAUAUCGGCCUUCAAUGCAGAUGUUUUGAAUAUAGAUAGGGCUUUUUACACUGGCGACCCAGGAGAAAGUGUGAGCCGGAAACCAUCAUUCCGAAUAAUGGGAGCUCUUGGGAGCAAGACCAACAACGCCAACUUCUACAUCUUAGAGGCUGUGGUUAAUGGCAUGAAAGCUCGGAUAUUCGGAAACAAGAACCUGGUUGAGCCAACAAAGUGGACUAAACUCACCAAAGAUGUGACUGAGCCUGGCCGACCACUUAAAGCGAUCAAAUCUGCGAUUGCUGUUUGGCAUUAUCUCGCUGAUGCCGAGGUUGAUAAGUCCUUCGGCACGAUUGAGGCUAAUUUGAGAGCGGUCCUCCAAGGAAUUGAUGAUGAUUAUUGGAGAGAAGAUAUUCUUGUCCCUGCUUGGAAGGAAUGGUGGUGCGACUGGACCGAGUACCAAUUCGAGCGAUCACGGACCUGGAUCUUCAAGGCCAUCAAGGACCUAAGGGCGGUUUGGACUGAUGAGCCUGACACUGAUCCUGCACGAAUCAUGAUUCUCAACACUCUUCUUCAAUUGGAGGGAUAUGCUAGUGCAGUGGUGCAGUUCGAUAACUCGAAGACCUUCAAAAAGGCCUGUACCUGA